AUGGUCUGUGAUAGCUCUGUAAAAGUACCAAAACCACCAACGUGUAAAGACUCUCGGCGACAAUCAAGCAUCUUCUCAACAUUCGAACUGAGACGAUCGUCCUCUCUGAGUGAUACUCAACUAAUUUUAUUCAAUUUAUCCGAAGAAGAAGAUGAACCGGAUAUAAUGGACGCACAACAACAACAGUUUGAACAGGAUAAUCGUGAACAGUUGGAGGAAUUAACUAAACAGUGGGAUAAAUUUAAACCACACUCGCUUAAAUACGUUCAAGGCACUGAAGAAUCAAUAGUAGCGCCACCAACAACGACAACAGCAAAAGAAGAUCCCACAUUUUUUACAAGUACAGCUGAACAAGAGGAGAGAGAAUAUGAUACAUUUAUCCGUCAGAAUUUCCAGAAAUUUUCAGGAAAAGAAGGCGAAGAUGCGACGACAUGGCUCACGGAUCUAGUAGAACGAUUUGAUAAACUGAAAAUUCUGGAAUCACAAUGGAUUUCCUAUCUUCCAUCAGUAUUAUCUUCAAAAGCUCGUGUUUCGUAUGGAAAGCAAAAAUCAAGCUUCACAGAUUUUGAUGAUUUCAGUUCAAAACUUUCUACAGAUUUUGAUUUAAAGCGAGAUGGACCGAGUUAUUUUCGGCCGUCCGCACCAAGCUCCACAACUUCAACAGAUCGUCCAACCGCCACAAAUUCGCUACAUUUCAGCUUGUUAAAGACAUUGAACGAACAGGUAGUCAAAAAGUUGAAAACGUUCAGCGAUCGCAAUCAGAAUGUUGUAACUUGGUUAGAUGAAUUGGAAAUACAAUUUAGCGCUCAUGGUUGGGGCGAGGAGGUUAGACUGAAAUGUGUACCGACCGUCCUACAGGAUCAUGUACUUAAAUGGUAUACCCGAGCUGCUACUACUAUAAACUCAUGGCAAGAUUUCGUCACACAAAUCAAAGAUGAAUUUAAUUCAAAAUUUAGUCAACGAGUAGCAUUUGAACAAAUGAUAAAUUAUCAAUAA